CAAGCCUGUCGCAAAUCGCAGGUGACAGCCAUGGUGACAGCUAGAUAAUCUCCCAAACCUGACACAGUUGUGGUCGGUCGUUAAAACUAAUUUUCCUGGUUUUUCAACUGUAUUCCAGAGCAUCGGUAGUGCUUUUAGUUUAAUGAGAGUAAAUCCGCGCACUCGUCGGUUUCGCGCAGUUGAAGUGGAUGUUGAUGCAGUUGGAAGAGCAUCUGUGCUAAAAACAAACGCUCUGCUCAAGCCCACAUUCCUUUUCUAAUGCUGUUAUUCGGAUUUGACACUUUUCUCACGCAUGAUCGCAGUGUUGGUCUUAAGAGAAAUUCAGGACGUGGAGAUGGGAUUCGUUCAGCAGAUCCUCAGUUUGAAUUUGGUACCGAGGACAAAUGCAACCAACUGCGGGAAGAACGACACCUCUCUGUGCGAUUUCUCCGAGAUGUGGUAUGGGGUGUUCCUGUGGGCUGUGGUGUCCUCAUUGAUGUUCCACCUGCCCGCCGCCCUCCUCGCUCUGGCAACGCUCCGCAGACAUAAGAUGGCACGAUUUUUCCCAAUCGGCAUCCUGCUCAUGGCUAUCAUCGGCCCGCUCUUUGGAGGGGUUCUCACUAGUGCAGCUAUAGCAGGAGUCUAUAAGGCGGCUGGGAAGAGUAUGUUCUCCUUGGAAGCGUUGGUGUUUGGAGUGGGACAGUCGUUGUGUGUGUUUAUCAUUUCCUUCUUCAGAGUGUUGGCGACCCUGUAGCACUCAGACAUUGGCACACCAGGCUGCCGUCACCUGAGCGUCAUAUGCAAAACACGGAGGCCUUACUUCCCAAACAGUCCCAACAGUUUCCUUUGAUACAGAACAGUGAGUGCACGGAGUAACAAGAAACCUUACGAGCUACCUUUAAACUUGUUACGGGCGGAGUCAUCGUGCACGUGUGUUUUAUUGAUCGUUACGGAUGACGUUUUGUUUGUUAGUUUCUUUCAAUUUUCAUUUUAUUUUAUACAAAUUUGAAUGAGGUAAAGAUGUACAUACUAAAGCCCAUUCCAGCUCGCUCUUAAAUUACGCUUGAGAGGAACUACUUGUAUUCACUUUGCACUGAUUAUAUGAAUCCUUUAGGCCAAAGGCUAGAAACUUCAAUUUGUUUCUCUUCUGUAUAUUUUGCCCCAGAUCGUGGGCAUAUUUGGAGAGAUUACAGUUGAAACACACUUGUCUGUGGACUUUGACAUUUUAAUCGUUUCCCAGCACAGGAUUUUGUGAAGUCUUUUUAAGAAUUGGUUUUCCAAGUGGGCUCCAGGAUUUGGCCUUCGCAUUGAAUAUUUCUGUAUAUAUUAGAGUGAUAUAAUCUUGCUUUGACACAUGUUUGCCCAUAAGAUUCUCACCUCUUAUGCCUAAUAUGCGAAUGUAAACCAGAUUUCAGCUGAAACCAUAUAUAGAAUCACUUAAAUCUUCACCAAAGAAAUGAUAACACUAAUCUACAGCUGUUAUACGUUUCAGAUAUUGCUCAUAAUUAGCUCAAGAUGUUUAAUGACUAAAAAGAACAAAAUUGCUACAGAAUGUACAAAAUUGUAAGUCGUUUCAGAAACCCAAGUAUAUAAAAUAAGUAUAGUCACUCAUAUAGAUGUUACAUUAACAGCAAGAGGUGUAAAGCUGGUUUUUAGACUAAUCUGAGACAUCUAAACCAAAUUUAAUUCUCAGUUUAAGCAUUUGUAGACUUGUGUUCUCCCAUGUUACAAGCCCUCAGGAAGUUCUUGUGUUCUGGAAGAUUCAUUCAAAGCUCGUGUGUGCGAUUGGAGCGCGCACUGAAAGCUAUGCUUUAUUUGUCUGAGCCUAUGGUCUCUCAAUUGCACAAAAUGGAUUUAUUUUUCUAAAGUCAAAUCAUUCAUGGUGGAGUGACUGCUCAUUGUUUUUGUGGUCUGUCUUCUUCUUGAGAAAUGGAUUUGCUCUUUGCGACGUGAUAAUUUCCAUUCAUUUUUUUCUGGGCAAGUUUAAUUUUCUUACUGUAUAAAAAGUGCCAAUUGCUAGUAUUUUCAUGAAAUAAAAUGGUUUAGAUUAUAAUAACA